AUGAACUUGUGCGGCCUCUGCGGCGUGUACAAAACUGUGGUUGAGGCGGUUAUUGAUGGGCGUCUUCCGGCAUUAUUCCAGGGAGCACGGAACGAGGGUGAACGAGAUCAGAUUCUUGACGAACUUGUCGUAGGAAGCAUUGGCCUUACAACAGCCAAUACGGAGGAGAGCAUGGAUUUGCUCAUCAAAGGAGUCUAUGUCCGAGUCUCUCUCUUUAUAGACCCCGAAGAACAAUCCGUUUUCAGAGUCUCAAGUAAUGGGGAUGAGGAGGUUGGCUUUCCCAGAGGGACGCAGUUUGGACCGUCAACAGACUCUGAUAGGAGCUUUGCGAGGGCGCAACAAUGGCUUCGGCAAUGUGUGGACCACCAUGAUUGCGGGAAGGCUCGUGGCUCAUUCUAUCCACGCAGGCUUCUUGAUCUUCGGAGUGACCAAGUUCGACUCGUUGAGACUGUCAAGGCCAGUGAUUUUCAGGGGCCAUACGUCUGCCUAAGCCACCGUUGGGGCGACGCAAAGUUCUCACGGUUGACAAGCACGACUGAAAACCUACAUAUGCACAUGGAAGGAAUCGAAUGGGGCGAUAUUCCAAAGACAUUCCGAGAUGCCAUUGUCAUCUGUCGACGUUUAAGUGUGGAGUACCUGUGGAUCGAUACGUUGUGUAUCUUGCAAGACUUCCCCGAAAUGUCGGACGAGCAAAAGCGAAUAACGGGUGCGGAUUUCGCAGCUGAGAACUCGGCCAUGGCCCGCAUCUAUCGGAACUCCUACUUCACCAUCUAUGCAAGCGUCUCAACAAGUAUGGCCAGUGGCAUUUUCUCAUCCAGGCGUUACGGGAGUCAUCAAAUCAAGAUCGGUGACGCUAAUGGCAAGGAGUCGAUCCUGCGCAUCAGAGAAAGAACGUCACACUUCACACCACCCACAGAUCUGGAGACUAGAGGCUGGACAUUCCAGGAGUAUCUGCUACCUUGCCGAGUUCUAGAAUUCGGGCCUUUUGAUAUCUCUUGGAAGUGCAACCAAAUCUAUAUCUGCGAAUGUCUGCACAAUACGGGGGCGGCUCACUGGCGCGAGGAGCUAGCUCGACGUACAUUGCCGCCUCAGAAUGCUGCAGAGGCUGAGGAGUGGUGGGCAGGCAUACUUCGGCAGUACACGAUGAGGCACCUGGCAAAGGAUGAGGAUAAAUUACCUGCUCUCUCCGGGCUUGCACAACUCUAUCACCAACUGACGCACGAUACUUACCUGGCGGGCUUAUGGCAAGCGUCUCUUCCUCAAUGCCUGUUGUGGUUCAACACUGCAAAAGCUGGCACGUAUCCGAUGAAUCUUGGUAUAGGUCAAAGAGCUCCAAUAGCCCGUGCUCCCUCCUGGUCCUGGGCUUCGCUUGAUAUCGUUAACGACGCCCAGUGCCGCUUCUGGUGGCCACGAGUAUCGCUUUCUACAAAUCCUAUCAUGUACGGAGACGGCGCUUCACCGCGGCCGGUAUGCACCGUAUACGAAGCUCAUUGUCAGCCGAUAACGGAUGAUCCGUUUGGUGAGGUGAUGGGGGGCUUCGUUGACCUCGGUGUAAUGCUCAUUUCGGCGAGGGUCGGCACCAAGCCUCAAGGGAAUGACUGCUUUAGCACGGAUGGCGAUGUGGCUUGGACACUGGAUUAUGUCGAAGACGGCACAGAUGUUCACGUAUGUCUAGCUGACUGCAGCUUGGAUGAUGACAGUCUGCAAAUUGGAGACGAUGUAUUUUGCGCGCCAAUCGUGGAAACACUUUCGGAAUCAGAAUCAGACAGAGGCUGUUUGGUGCUGAAGCGCAUGCUAGAAGGAUCGGAAUUCAGACGCAUAGGCUUUGCCGUCUUGCGCAAGCCGAACCCAAGCUGGGAUCGGGUGAAUGGCCCACUUAGAAUGCACAGGGGAUGGGGAUACAAAGAGCCUGAUCUAACGACUCCAGAAUAUGCCGAGAAGGUUAAGAGUUAUGCCCUGCCGUACAACUCAAAUGUACUGUGCCGUAUUAGAAUUAUUUGA